AACGCUUGUCACGCGAUGACUCCCGUGAGAACGGUCAGGCUUGAAGAAACAGCCACUUGUCAUGUGUUGCCUGCAAUUAGACUGUGCUCAGGGUACAAAUUAUGGCGCUACCCGGAGGAGAAGCUAUCUCUCGUCAAGAUGCUGAAGUUGCUGUGUGUAGUUGCUGUGCUCUUCUGCUGUGGACUGGUGUCUGGGCACCACCUCCACGCCCCCCGCUGUCUGCCGAUAUUCGGGAAGUACCCUUUCGACGAGCAGAAGUUCUCAGGCGACUGGUACUCCGUGGCCAACGUAUUCAGACCCGAACUUCACUCCGAGGAACUGAAAUGCGACAAGAUUCACUUCACGGCUGAGACUGUGGAAAAUGUGACCAAAACACAUUUCGACAUAACUUUUAAGACGGCGGACGGCACCGAGCACCACGUAGAAGGAAGAGGCCAGGCCUUCAAACCAGGGCUCGCGUCCGUCAGUUCAGUGGCUUUCAGAUUCCCAGAAGAUGACAAGUGGCACAAUGUUGUGAAGCACUCCAUCCUCGCUACAGACUACGAGACUUACGCCAUUGUUCACGGUUGCGGAGAACGCUAUGAUGAGAAAAUUGACACGUUCAUUAAGCACGACAUUAACCAGAUCUGGAGCCGAUCGAAGACUCUUGACGAAGGAGUCCUCAAGACACUCAAGUCUGUGAUGAGCGGUUUUGAUAUUGUUGAAGACGACUGGGCCUUCGUCGACAAUUCCGAUUGUUGAACAACGACGUUUCUUUAUUUUUUGACAUGGCCUUGUUUAAUGAGCUUAUGUAGUUCUCUGGCAGAGAGGGGAAAACAUCACCCGUUUUACUAUCAGUGCAGCUGCCACUACAAAGCCCUGACUAUCAUGACAAUGUCCCUUAGCGAACAAAACGGCGACCAAGUAUAAGAGAUAUGCCUUCGCCAUGGUUUCAGUUUCCUAGCCACAAUAUAUAGAGAUGCAUGGAUAAAUAAAUGUAUGUUCCUGCUCCAGUCUUAAUAAAACCUUACUGCAACAGAGUCAA